UAGAGAAACUGAACGCCAGGCCUAGCAACAGCUGAACUCUUCUUUCUUCUUUCUGUAAUGUUUUAUCGGUUAAAAUAAUAUAUUAUACAGAGAGAAAACCACGAACCUUAUAAAUAUGGAGAUCGGAACCGAGAUUAGCAAGAAAAUACGGGCUGCUAUCAAAGGGAAGUUGCAGGAACUUGGUGCUUAUGUUGAUGAAGAGCUUCCUGAUUACAUCAUGGUCAUGGUGGCCAAUAAGAAGAACCCUCAGCAGAUGGCGGACGACCUGUCCUUGUUUCUGGGCAAUAAUACCAUCAAGUUCACUGUUUGGUUACAUGGUGUUUUGGACAAGCUGAGGUCAGUUGCAGUUGAGCCUAUGUCUGUCCAUCCACGUGUCCUUCACUCGGAGACGAACGUCCCUCCUCCUGUCAUCAGGAGGAGGGAGGAGCCUCGCGCUCUCGCCGUCUCCAGCUCCCGCUUUGAUAAGGUGGAGGGGCGGGUCUCAAGCUCCGCCCACGAGCGCCACACCAGUAGGAGAGGUUCCUCUGAAAGAUCUACUAGACUGACAUCCACAGUCAAACCUCUGAUGGAGGCGUCAGCUGAAGCUGUGAUUGACAUCAAGCCUGACCUGGAUGAUGACCUCAUUGCCUAUGACCCUUUUGAACAGGGCUUGACCUCAGGUCACACGCGGGGGUUAUACAGCCGCUCUGCUGUGGAGAGAUCACAGCCGGCUGUGGAGUCUUCCACCCAGAGUUCAGGACGGACCGCCAAUGCUUACAGAUUCUCAGUGGUCAUGAGAGGUCAAGAAAGUUCCUGCCAUGGGGGGAGCUACAGGAGCUCAGAGGAGAGCAGCAGGGAGUUGUCCCGGAAACGAAAGGCACCCGUGGCCAGUUCAGUUGUUCAGGUUCACAGAGGUCAUGACCGGGGUCAGGAGAGUGAUGGUCUUUACGAGAGAGAGGAUGAAGAUGAUGACUAUGGUCUUCCUAGCAAAGUGUCUCUACCUUCUAAACAUGAGCGCAAGCCUUCACUCCCACCAGCCAAACAAGCCAAUAAACAUCUGAUCCUCAAAGCAAUCUCAGAAGCUCAGGAGUCAAUCAACAAGACCACAGCAUACACAGUUCCUCAGCGGCAGACAGUUCCAGUUGCGCCGCGGACACGUUCAGCCAGCGACGAGAUGAAUAAUGCUGUGAUCCGAUUGGUUCAAGAGCACCUGCAAGCUCUCACGCCCCAGGACACACUGCUGAACGCACAAUCCAUGGCUUUAGAUUCUCGUCUACAGUUGGAGAUUCUGGAGCAGGGCAGUAGAGAGCAGCUCAAUGAAUAUGAACUGCAGGUUUUAGAGGCAGCGAGACUGCAGGGACUGGACACUCGCUCUUUCAUCAUGAGAAAACCAGAGAUGGAUCAAACACCGCCACCAAUCAGGAGCAGACUUGGCACUGUCAGUCAGAGUGAAGACCCACCCUCUGCAUCUCGAAUGGUGCAGCCCAGAGAGAGAGCGGAGGUGGGUGGAGCAAGUCCAAAGUUCAUCGUCACACUGGACGGAGUUCCCAGUCCGUUAGCUAAUCGCACCGAUCAGGAGAUGGAGCCUGAGGAUGAGUUCAACAUGACCUCUGACCUUCUGGAAAAUAAUAGAGCCAAGCCUGCCGUCCAUCUGAGAUUGAAUACUGAACUCCUGAAUGCUGAUGAUGCAAAGAUAAAUGAGGUGGAGGACAUGGACAUAGAGCCGGAUCAGACUAAACGACAGAAACUUCCAGAACGCUGCAAGUUCUGGCCUGUGUGCAAAAUUGGAGACGAGUGUUUAUUCCAUCACCCAAACACACAGUGCAAAAUGUUUCCCAACUGUAAAUUUGGUGACAAGUGUCUGUUCAUCCAUCCAAACUGUAAAUAUGAUGCAAAGUGUACGAAAGCAGACUGUCCGUACACACACGUCAGCCGAAGAGUCCACAGCAAUCCCACUCUACCAGCUCCGGCUCCCUCCAGCAGCGUGUGCCGAUUCUUCCCAGAGUGUAAAAAGGUGGACUGUCCAUUCUACCAUCCCAAACCAUGUAGAUUUGCUGCGCGUUGUAAACGAGCUGGAUGCACUUUCUACCAUCCUGCCGUCACAGUGCCGCCCAGAAGUGCUCUGAAAUGGACCAAAACACCGAGCAGUUGAGAAAUAUGAAUCAAUGAAUGCUACGGACUGAGGUGCAACGUUUCUACGAUUCAUGCAGAGCUGCCUUUGGGUCUCUUUCUGUAUCAUGCUAAUAAUUCAGCAUUUGUUUUCUUGUUCAGAAGUUUUAUGAUGAUUUUCUUAA